CCCACAUACUAAUGUAUUAGAGAUCAGAGCAAAUCAAGGGCAUACAAUAUCUGAAGUCACUGAUGCAGCACUGACACCAUUAUUAGAGGUAAGAGAAUAUAUCCAUGAAUAAUGGAAGUCGCGAAAGCAUCAAGGGAUCGCGGGCCAGACGCACCAAGCAACCCUUGCAUGGUACUUGUUUCUGGUUAUCCUGCAUACACACAACCACAAGAUCUAGGUCGUACAUUUACACAAUUUGGUAAAGUGAAAAUAGACAAAAUCAAUCAAAAGUUUGCAACGCUCUCGUUCUCGAAUUCUAUGGAAGCGAAGAGCGCGAUAAAGGAGUCGAAAAGAAUUACCAUCUAUGGAUCGUUCCUCACAGUGCAGCCACACAGUGCAGUAGCUGUGGAGAAUCAUAACAGACAAAAUAAUAACAGGAAGAGGGAAUUUCCUCGCAGUAAAGAGAAAGGUGUAAUCAUCCACCCCAAAGAUAUUGAUCUCUCUGGGGACUUUUCACAGCAGGUUGAUAAUAUCCUAUUGGCGAUCAGACUAACACAGGAGGAAGUUCUCAGGAUUAGUUUACUCUACUCUGACUUGGAGAGUGCUUUACAGACUGAGUGGCCAGGUUGCACAGCUAUCCCAUUCGGUUCCAUUCCGACAGGGCUCGGAAUCAAGACGAGUGAUGCUGACUGCUUCGUUAAAGUCCCACCUCAAUAUCGUAUUCCCAAUGUAAAUUUUGUGAACAAAGCGACACGAAUCCUUCGCCAAUAUCCUCAAAUCUUCUCCGAAAUCUUGUCCAUACCGCGCGCUAAUACACCAAUAGUUAAAUUCUUCCACAACCCCACUUCUACCAACUGUGAUGUCUCAUUUAAAACAGAACUUGGUGCUAGGAACAGCGUCUUAAUCAAUUUUCUCCUUCGAACUGACCCAAGACUAAUUCCAAUGGCUGUUCUCAUUAAAUACUGGGCUAGAGUACAUGAGGUCUCUGGCAGUGGUAAAGUCACCAACUAUGCCCUCACCAUGCUCAUUGUUUUCUACCUUCAACAAUGUACCAACCCCAUCCUCCCCUCUAUAAUGUGGCUCCAGCAAGACCCCAAAAAUGAUUAUAUAGUUGAUCACUGGAAUACAGGAUUCAUGAGUCAACUUGAUGGGCUCCCGAAAUCAUCUAACAGAUCCUCAAUAUCAGAAUUAAUUGGUGGAUUUUUUGAAUACUAUGCUGGGUUUAAUUUCGAGGAAAUGGUUAUUUGUCCAUACUUAGGUGAACCGGUGAAAAAAGAUUUAUUCAAAGAUCCGAAUAAUUUACCCAAAGGAUUUGAAAGAUACAGAGAUAACAUAAAAAAUCAGAACACGCCAGGGUUGCGUUUCACCACGUCAUGGUGCGCACAAGAUCCAUUUGAACAGUGCCAUAACAUUGCUUCGCCAGUCUCUAGUCGGCACGCCAGUAAUAUCAAGGAAUACUUCAGGUUUGCGUCAAGUGCUUACAUAAAGGACAAGCCCAACAAAUGUGAAAACUUCCUGAAAAUGAUUCUUCUAGAAAAACCCAAAAUUAGUAAAGAGAGAGGUCAUCCAGAGUUUAGAUCCAAUUUGUUCCCGAAAUUUAUAAACAACAUCAUCGAUCCGGAUUGGAAGUCAGUAGUGCGAAAUAUUAUUCUGCUAAUAUUUGAAAGUAUGCUGAAAAUUAAACUUGGUAAAGUAGAAGAAAAAGUAAACCCUGAUUCAAAGAAAGAAAAAGAGAAGUAUAUGGGCGAGGUUACAAAACCAAUAUGGAAGAGAAAGCAAGCUUCUAAAAUGCCAGGAAUUAUGAACCUAGAUUUGCAACAGCAACAAGCGAGAAUAACGGAGGAGAUUUUGAAAUCUGAACUCGAACAAAUCAGUAUUCAGUUUCAAAUGAUAAUGACAUACUGCCACAAUCCUAAGCGGGCUGUGGUAUCGAUUAAGCUGAACAAUGGCAACAUAGGUACCUUCAAGGAAUUCGGCAAAUUUUUCGUCUCUGUAUUACAGAGCUGGUUCACGCACCUACUGGCACCUUACACAAGAAGUUGUAAUAACGACACUGCGGCGAAGAUAGCUGAGACAAUUAAAUUUCUUGACAGCAAUCGUGAUGGUUACCAUUGUGACUCAUCGAGUGAAUAAGAAUUGAAGGCUGCACCAUUUCCACGGUGUAGCCUUAAUCUCAGCUCUGGCUCCAUACGAAACACACCACGCUAUAACUUAACCAUAUAUCCCGCGAUGAAACCAAUGUAAACAUCAUUCUGUCAGAGUUUUAUUUUAUCGUAGUAGAUAAACUCUAUUUUAAUAUUAAGCUAUAAUUAUUGUCUUUUUUAUAAUUUCAUUUUAUAGAAUUGUAUUCAUGACUUAAAAUAUUGUUGGUUUUCUAUUAAUAAAAAAAAGAAACUAAAUAUUCACAUUCAGUGUUAGAUUUUAAAUAGUGACCAAUAUAUAAUGACAAACAUAGUGAUUUAUUAAUUAUUGUUAUAAAAUCAUUUUAAAUAUGUUAACACCAUGAAUAUUAAAGCUUUGCUCAUGGUGAUAUGAAUAGAUCGAUCUAUUUUCUGACAUCUUUGAAUUUAAUACUUUUAUUUUAUAUAUUCUGCAAGAGGUAUACUAAAUCAAACCGCGAGACCAGAUAUUAUGGUGUAUGAUUUUAACCUGGUGUCUCAAAUUUUGACUUACGCUUUGUACUUACAUAAAUAGGUGAAAACAAAUUAUCAGCAUUUUUUUCAUUAAAUAUGUAUUAUGAAUUAACGAUAAAGUUCGCGUUCUUGUCAUUUAACAAAUACUAGUACUUCGUUUUGUGUAAAUUAUACUUUGGUAGGUACCAUAAGGGAAGAAAUUUUGUAUGAUACGUAAAAUAAUUUAAUAUUUGUAAUAUAUACAUAUUAACAGUAUGGCCUGUGGUGUGUAGUAUUGGUACAUGAUUUGAUCAUUAGGUAACGAUUGGAGUUUUAAAGAAUUUUAUAAAAUAAUAAGCUACAAAGCUUCUAAAGAAGCUAUAUCCGUUAGAAAUAACAAUUGAAUAAACAAAAAUUGACAUUGUUAAAAAUAUUAUAGUUCUGCAAACCUUCACCUUCAGUUUGUUACAUUUGAAGUAGACAGUACAUGUGUCAAUGUGUACAAGAUGAACGAGUAUUUACUUUAUAGUAAAUAUAUACUCUUAGAUCAUGUUAAUUAGACUUUCCUGACAGUUAAUUUGAUCCAACAUAUGAACAAAUUUAAAUAGAUAAUAGAUUUUAUUUUAAGAAUUACUGUAGUAUGUAAGAAAUAAAAUUUAAAAGACUAUUUUUUAUAAUAUUCACUCUCCUUAUGUUCUCAUUCUUAAUCAUUCUUAUAAUACUCUUUCUAAAAUAUAUAUUAGAUUCAUCUGGCAACACAUCCUAGUGUUCACAUAAUCAUAAACACUAUACCAAUAUACCUGUCAUACGUAACGUAUAACGUACCAUUACUAGAAUCAACUAAU